UUUUAGGAGCAUUAAGUGUGUUAUGCACAAAUGUAGGGAUAUAAAGUCAUUGUGUUUGGCAUGGUAAAAGAACAAUUUAUUCAGCUAGGAAUUAUAAAUUGAAUUACCUUUUACAAAUAUGUAUAUUUUUAUUAGGGAAAAUCAAAGUCCUUAAAAUUUGGUUUUGUCAGUUUAUGAAGAACAAUUGCCAAAAUCCCAAUAAAAUCUAAAGAAACCCUCAACUUUAGUGAAACAAGAAAAAUACUUUAUAUAUUCUAGUGUCAAGCACACAUAAAGCACUAAUUUCCAUAAAAGUGCUGUUCAAAGGUAACCAAGACCAGGAAUUGCAAUGAUCACAUCCUGUUCAUUUUCUUAUAUUAAAAUGUUCUUGUUACAACUUGCUGUAAACAUUUUAUUCAUUGCUCUUUAUCAAGUUUUUUCCCCAAUUUUCCAAGGAGUGGGAUCUUUAGAAAUAUACUGGAUUUUUAAAGCAAUAUGUCCCUUACCACUUAAGCUGUUGUGGAGCUUAGAUGUAUUUAUGAACCAGAGAAUCUUCCUCAAUCCUGGGCCCUCCAGAUGUGCUGAACUAGUUCCCAGCAUCCUGAUCCAGUAGUGUCAUUAGCCUCACUAGCUGGGAAUGUUUUGAUUUGUGCUCCAAUGCAUCUGAAGGCUGUGGAAUAAUUGCAUUUUGGGCUAAAGAGUCAGAGGCAGGACAGCUUUGUACAUUCUUUACUGGAAACAUCUUUUGCAAGGCCUUGAAUACAGUGGCGUUUGUGAAAUACACGCAGUGAUCUUUCAGCCUGUGUUGAUAUAACACAGUCUUUAAGAGCUGGCAUUAUCUGUUGUGUCACAGGCUAUUUAUGGAUCUCCUCUUAAUCCCACAGCACUUAACACACUAGAGUUUCUCUGGUAGGCUGCCUCUUCUGCAGAAAAUCCAGUAACAGACAGCACAUACAUUUGUCCCUCUCUCAAAUCUGAUUUUUUGCAAGACUAACAGUCAUAUAGAGAAUCUACAACAGAAGAUUCAGUGCUCGCUAAAAUCAAGAUAAAAAGAGAACUAGCAUGAAGAAAAUGGAGCUUCCUUCUCCUACACCCUUGAAAAUUCUUGCUAAAAAUCCUCUUGGUUUUCUAAAGGAGAUCUGUUGUUUCUUGAAUUUUUUUAAUGCAAAUAUUCAUAAUUCUGUGGGAAGCAGGGCUUCAGUGUUCCCACCAGGAGGAUGGGCGACAUCUGCCAAGCCCUUUUCAGCCCCUGGUGUCAUAGGCCGGUUUCCAGGCCCUUCUCCUAGCCAAAGAACUCCAGCUAUGGAACCACAAAGAAGCCGAAUGCCUCCCCCAAGACCCGACGCUGGAUCCAGACCUGACACUGGUGCCCCUCCUGUGCCAAAUACUCCAUGGCCCAUCCCAUCAAGUCUGCACAAUCGAGGAGCUCCUCUUCUGCCAGGAACAAGCAGACAAGCCAGCUUGGGUCUUACACCCCCGCCAUUCCCAGGAAACAGAUUUGGAGGAUCCAUGCGACAAACAUCACCAGGCAGCCCUUCUUCUUCUCCUUCCUCAAAUAGGCCUCCUCUUCCUCCAGCACCAGCCAGACCAAUAGAUGAGAAGCCACCUCCACCACCACCUCCUGCAGGAAACAGACCUCCUUUAAGCAGAGAACCUUCCCUGCCCCCUCCUCCACCUCAGAACAACAAGCCUCCAGUGCCUUCAACACCUCGGCCAUCAUUCGGAUCUCCAGUUCGUCCUCCUCCUCUUCCCAAUAGGCCAGGCCCACCUCCAGUUCCACCCAUGUUUGGAGGAAAUGAUGAAAUGCCACGGCUCCCUCAAAGAAACAUAUCACUUGCAUCUCCUGCUCCACCAACUUUGACCAGCUCUGGUCGGUCUGGACCUCUUCCACCCCCACCAAAUGAAAGGCCACCACCACCUGUGAGAGAUCCUCCCAGUAGAUCAGGAUCCUUUCCUCCCCCACCGCCACCAAUAAACAGAAAUGGCUGCACUUUGCGGGCAUUGCCAGCAACUCCACAGCUUCCUUCCAGAGGAGGAUUUGAGAAACAUAGAGGUGGAUCAGUGCCGCCGCUUCCCCCCGACCGGCCAGGCUCUGGAGCCCCGCCGCCGCCGCCACCACCACCCUCAUCAGCAAUGCGGAAUGGCUUCCAGGAUUCUUCCUGUGAGGAUGAGUGGGAAAGCCGCUUUUCCUUCCAUCCUCUGUCUGACUUGCCACCUCCAGAGCCAUAUGUGCCCAUAAAUAAAAGCUACCCCAGCAAACUGGGAAGGAAUGAUAAUAGAAGUGGAUCCAGCCGUAGAGAAAGAGGUGCUCCCCCUCUUCCGCCUAUUCCGAGGUGAAACUGAUUCUUCACAAUGACUGUGUGCUGUUCUAAAACUUCCCUUGAACUCACAUUUGCAGCUGGUGUUUUCAGAAGGCUUCUUCCUCUCCUUCAGCACUUUUGAACACAGAGUCCACACCCAACCAGCAGAAUCCAAUUUUGAAUUCUCUUUGAAUUCAAAAAGACUUGAAGUACUUGCUUUCUUUGCUUACUCAAACAUAGAUGCGUUUCAGCUAUUCCACACUUUGUGGAAAGAUCUUGUAGUGGUAAUAUUAGACUUUAUUUCCAAUAAGGUUUUGGACCUGCGCCGGAUAUAUUGUUCUUCCCUAUCACAAGGGCUGGAAUCGUACAGCAGACCCACUGAAACAAUUACUAAAUGACAAGUUCACCAUGAUUCAGUGAAUCUAUUUCAGACUAAUAAUGUUUAAUGGAGCUCAACUCUUCCUGAAGCAGAAUUUCUUUGGAAGUUCCUCCCAUAGAUCAUACUCAUCUAUAUUGUCGAAGGCUUUCAUGGCCGGAAUCACAGGGUGGUUGUAUGUUUUCCGGGCUGUAUGGCCAUGUUCCAGAAGUAUUCUCUCCUGAUGUUUCACCCACAUCUAUGGCAGGCUUCCUCAGAGAUUGUGAGGUAUGGAGAAACUAAGCAAGGAAGGUUUAUAUAUCUGUGGAAAUUCCAGGGUGAGAGAAGAAAUCUUGUCAGUUGGAGGCCAGUGUGAAUGUUGUAAUUAAUCACCUUAAUUAGCAUUGAAUAGCUUCAUCUCCUGGCUUCUUCCUGCCUGGGGGCAUCCUUUGUUCAGAGUCGUUAGUUGCCCCUGAAUUCUGUGCUAAAUUUGAUUUCUGAAGAUAGUUUCAAAUAGUGAUCUGUAUGAGAUUCUGGAUCAAACUGAUCCAGUGAAUUUUUACUCUUAUAAUAAAACUUUAUUUUAUAUACCUCCUAUCUCCCCAAAGGGACUCAGGAUUCUUGAAAACAUAUGUGACACAACAGUACUCCUAGCAAUAAUUGCAUGACAAUCUAUACUGAAGUUUAGCCCUCCAGAGACCAAUCCUUACCUCAAUUGCUGUAACACUGGUAUCAGUUUUCAGAAGUCCAUAGAAAUUUUCUAUCCACAUUUCAAUUCUGCAUGUGAGGCAAGAUGGUUGGAAAAAGGAGGCAUAUGACAGUUUUAAGACUAACCAGUUUAUAUUGAUGUAAGCUGAUGUAUGGUACAACCCUGCUUUCCAUGGAGUGAAUAUCUAGAUUCAGAGCAAUCCAUUGCUCUGAAUAUCUAGAUUCAGAGCAAUGGAUUUGAAUAACAGGAAAGGAGAUUCCAUCUGAACAUUAGGAAGAACUUCCUGAAUGUGAGAGCUGUUCAACAGUGGAACUCACUGCCUUGGAGUCUGGUGGAGGCUAGAAUCAUAGAAUCUAUGAUUCUAUGAUUCUAGCCUCCACCAGACUCCAAGGCAGUGAGUCUAUGAUUCUAGCCUCCACCAGACUCCAAGGCAGUGAGUUCCACUGUUGAACAGCUCUCACAGUCAGGAAGUUCUUCCUAAUGUUCAGAUGGAAUCUUCUUUCCUGUCAUUCGAAUCCAUUACUCUGAAUCUAGUCACCAGGGCAGCAUAAAACAAGCCUGCUCCCUUUUCCUUUUAACAUCCUUUCAAAUACAGGGUGUUUGAAAAAGAACUCCCUAGAACUCACUUAAAACUAGGGAGUUCUUUUUCAAACACCCUGUAUUUAAACAUGGCUCCUAGGACAUGGAACAAUGGCUUCAAACUACAGGAAAGGAGAUUCCACCUGAACAUCAGGAAGAACUUCCUCACUGUGAGGGCUGUUUGGCAGUGGAACUCUCUGCUCCGGACUGUGGUGGAAGCUCCUUCCUUGGAGGCUUUUAAGCAGAGGCUGGAUGGCGAUCUGUCGGGGGUGCUUUGAAUGCGAUUUCCUGCUUCUUGGCAGGGGGUUGGACUGGAUGGCCCAUGAGGUCUCUUCCAACUCUACUAUUCUAUGAUUCUAUGAUCCACAGUUACACUUGCCCACACUCCAAAAAAUAUUCCUCCCUGGAAGUGGGUCUCUUAAGUUUUUCAGUGCAGUUGUAUGGUAUUCUUCCAGUCCAAUAUAGUCAAAAUACAGGUUCAAAUAUAUAGGGAGAGGGGGUUGGGGACAUGGAGCAUAUCAUCAACUAUAAGCCCUACAAUACUGCUUACAUCUUUAAAAGUAGGCUAUAGUCUGAAACAAAUUGCAGUCUUGAAAGUGCCAGAAGGUCCCUUUCUCUUUUACUACUAAAAUGGGCAUACAUGGCUAUCUGUAUGAAAAUUGUUAAGUUAUUGUGGUGGAGCUACAUAUACAACUAGGUGCUCUGUGCAAAGUUCUCUUCCUCGCUCCCAGUCAGAGCUCAGGAGUAGAAUAUUAUGAAUAAUGAAGAACUCAAAUGAUAGUUCUUCUUUCCAAUUGUGAAGUAUAAUGAAGAUAUAUUAUGAUUACAAGCUAAUUAAGGAUAAGUCACUCCUUGAGCAGUCAAAUAGUAUCAGAGAAAUAGUACAGGGGUUGUACUAUGCUUCAUGUUGUUGCAUUCAGAUUUUUUGAGGGCAAAUGUUUUAGUUACUUUUGAGGAACUGAAUAACUAUGUACCUAUCGUGGUAAGUACCUCUGGACCAAGGACAUAUAACUUAACUACUUUAUAAAAGUAACUUUCUGUGUCCUGCUCCCUAUUUGGGCAGCUAGGAUAAUACAUACAGAGCCACCAUUAAAAAUAGGCUAAAACUUUUCUGGUGCCCAUCUCAGAAGUGGCCCCAGGGCUUGGUUUCAGUUUUUCCAGUUCCCUUUUUUAGGCUAACAGCUGGCUUGGUAUUGAUUUGUAUUUUAAAGUGUGCAAAGUCCUGGCUGCUGCACAUAUGCUUCUUUGAAUUGGGGUGCUAAAAUGUAACAGUAUUAAAGUAUCCCUGUCCCCUAGGUAGUUAAACUUAAAUUUUAUUAACAGUUAUAUUCCUAGAGUUUUUCUCUGGGAUCUGCAUUAUUCUGCAAUUCCCCAUAAUUUUGUGGAUUACUGUGAAGCACUCUACUUUUGAACUAUGCAAGACAAAUAUUUUUCAUGAGUUAGUGCACUUAUGAACCAAAGCACAUUAAUAAGAAUUUCUGUGGUUUUCUGCUACUAUCUCUACCCCAAGCAUCCAUUUUUCUCACGGUACAGUUAAAUCUGUUUUAACCAUUGUUCCUUUUUAUUUGGCUCUUGGGUGUCAGAGACACCUUUUUUCCUUCCAGUUGUGUGUGACAGCUGUUAUCCAGAUACAAGCAGGAAAUAUCUGACGGCAGGACACAUUCCAUUGACCUGUUACAAGUUUUCAUUAAGUUUUCCAUACGGGUGCAAAACAGCUGCCCAACAUAUGAGUUCUGAUAUUGUUGGAAGAAUUAAUUAUUUUCACAGGCUUUUUCUCACUUGGAAAGCUGCUAGAAAGGUCGUCUAGGUUUUGUUCUGAAGUGAUGGUUGGGAGUAGGGGAAUCGUAUUUCUGGAAUUAUGACUGGUGGGAAAUGGAUUUUAUCAUUUUGCAAUUACAGUAGAGUCUCACUUAUCCAACAUCAACGGGCCGGCAGAAUAUUGGAUAAGCGAAUAUGUUGGAUAAUAAGGAAGGAUUAAGGAAAAGCCUAUUAAACAUCAAAUUAGGUUAUGAUUUUACAAAUUAAGCAUCAAAACAUCAUGUUAUACAACAAAUUUGACAGAAAACGUAGUUCAAUACGCAGUAAUGCUAUGUAGUAAUUACUGUAUUUAUUAAUUUAGCACCAAAAUAUCAUGAUGUAUUGAAAACAUUGUCUACAAAAAUGUGUUGGAUAAUCCAGAACGUUGGAUAAGCGAGUGUUGGAUAAGUGAGACUCUACUGUACUUCACUUGAUGAAGUUACAUGGUGAGCAAUACAGGACCAUUGAGGGAACUGUGGCUGUAGACCAGAAGAAUUGAAUGACUGCUUAUGAAAGGAAGGAAGCUCUGACGUUGCCUUCAAGGAUCUGCCAUGUAUCAUCUCCUACAUUCCUGUGCAAAUUGGAGGCAACAGUAUAGCCUUGAUGGCGAUGUCAUAAUGAGAGGAAGAAGUGGGUGAGUUGAAAAUUCCAGCUGCAUUAUUAUUAUUCAAUUAUAUUAUUAGUAUUAUUCAAAGUUGAAUUGUGAAAGGGACCAUUACUGGUGAGACCUCUUUAGAGAUGCACAAAAAAAAACAUAUAAUAUUGCAUGAACAGUUGCUAUUAACAAAUGUGUAUCUUAGAUAAAACUCCUAAAAGGAAUUUAGAAAUAUUCCUCAUGGUGCUUUGUGUGAGUGGCCUUAUUGGCCAAGAUGGCACCUUGUUUUAGACUAGUGCACUGGAAUCAUUCAGUCAUCCCCUCAAUAGUAAAUAAAGUAAGAUAGAGCUUAGUGGGUAGAAAAGAUAAAAAAAAGCAUAGCUUUGCAUUUUCCAUAUCAGUGUAUAAAAUAUACAGUUGAAGAUUUGUAAUACCUUUUUGAAAAAAAAAGUUAAAAAUAUAUAUUUGUUGGGCCUAAUGUUGACAUAGAUUCCUCAAGGCCAUGCUUGUGACAGAACCUUUGCUGAUUAAUACAUUCAGGGAUCCAAAACUCCAUCCAGAGAGGUCUUAUUGCAAGAUCAGAGCUCAUUUUGAAAGGCUUUUGCACAGACAUUAGUGCAGCAAUAUUUUAGUACUUUUUGGGGUCAAAUAUUGCCUACAAUCUUGAGUUUUUCAAUGGACUGUUACUUUUUUUCUAAAUCCUUAACAACCUGAGCUAUUUACAGUAUUAAUCGUUGCAAUUUCAAUCCAGUUCCCCUUCUAUGUAUGUAUGAUGUUUCAUAAAAACUCCACAGGAUGGAAAAGAUUGUAUUAUUAAGUAUAUUUUGUUGCUGAAAUUGAAACAUUUAGUUUUCUUUUGAAGAGUGAAUUUAGUAGAAAAUAAGUUAUACAUUGAUUUUUAAUACUCCAAAUGCUGUGCAUUUUUCAUAAGUUACUUAAGGCCUAAAUUUUCUCCUUGAGUCAAGUGAAGAUGGUGGAGUGAAAUUCGGAAGGCCAUUGUAAUUGGUGUUUGCAUUGACUAGACUGAAGGCCACUGUUUGUGUAGUGGGAUAUUUUCUGACUCUAAUGGGAAUUCCAAUAUAUUGAAAAAUACAAAAUUAUCCAAAGGAGUGCUUGUGUGCACAGGGAACCAAAAUAUAGGUGUAAUAAAAUCAAACUAAAUUAGAUACAAGAUUAUUCUUGUAGUAUGGGGCAUUUCCCCAGUGAAUCCAAAUAUCAACGUAGUGCUUUCACAUUUUUAUUUUCUUCCAAUGGGGAUAUGUUGCUAACAACUACAGCGUGUUAUGUUUUCUGCACAUUUUCAUCAUUCACUAAAUAAUGGCAUGACUUUUUUCUCAAUAGUUUUUGCUGGCUGGGACAAAAAAACAGAUUUCAAUGAUAAAGAUCAAGAGAUUUGUUGGGAUACCUUUUUUUUUGGUCCACACCAUUUUUCUUUUUAUACAACAUAACUGCAUGUGGCUGAAAUUUGGGGAAAUUGUCCUGAUAUUCAAGAAUGCCUACCUUCUGUGUGGAUUCUGUAACAAAUAUGAUUAUGUGGGAUUGAACUGUCCAGGCCUUGUUCAUAAAGAGUUAAAAUCUGCCAUUGUGUUGUCGAAGGCUUUCAUGACCAGAAUCACUGGGUUGCUGUGAGUUUUCCGGGCUGUAUGCCCAUGUUCCAGAAGCAUUCUCUCCUGACGUUUCACCCAUGGCAGGCAUCCUCAGAGGUUGGGAGAUCAGACCUGCCAUAGAUGUGGACAAAACGUCAGGAGAGAAUGCUUCUGGAACAUGGCCAUACAGCCCGGAAAACUGACAGCAACCCAAAAUCUGCCAUUGCUUUAUAAAUAGCAUCCAUACUUGUGAUAUUCAGAAACUCUGAUGUUCAACUUCUGUUUUACGCUGCCAAUAUACUGUACCAUUGCAUAUUAGUUCCUGAAAUUUCAACCAAAGCCUUAGCCUCUAGAAUUGUGGCCUUCAGAGAAAGAAGCAAACAAACUAGAGCUUGGAGCUUGGAGAGCUUGGAGCAUCUUAGCAUUUUCUCUCCUAUAGGAAUCUUUCUCAAAUUGUGUUUUGUUUUGUUAAAUGUUAUAGGAAAAUACUUCAAAGAAACAGAUUAUAGGAUGCACUUGGGUAUAAUAUCGCUUUUGCCCUUUAAUAUAUAUAUUAAAGCACAGCUUUUUAAGUUUAACAUGUUGUGUGAUAAAUGUUUUAGAUUAAGUAUUUAUUUGACCAUGCAGUGAUCAAACAGGAGAAGCAAAUCUGAGUCUUCCAAUGGUGCCUUACUACAUUUUAAAGCUUAAAUCUACCCCAUCGCCUCAAAAUGUGAAUGAUAAACCAGUAAUUGUUUUAUAGAAUUUGCUAUUUGAGCUGUAUCCCAACCCCUUUUCUGUCUAACAUUGGACUUCAAUAACUGUAUAUAGAAAUAUAAUGGAUUUUCAUGGCCUGCUGCAUCAAAGUAAGUUCUAUGGAUCAGUCAAUAGAACUUCAAAAUGAAUGAAUAAUUUGCUAUUUGUCAUGCAUAUCCCCUACUCAUUUCCAUGAACUUGUACAAGUGUAUUAGAGUUAAAACAUGUUAAUAUUGUAAUUGUUUUUAUUCUGCCUUGUUUAGGAUUAUAAAAUGCAUAUUUUAAAUUGUCUGUUACCACUGUGGCAAACUAGGCAACAAAAGUAACUUUCCAAGGCAACAAUAAAAAAAUAAGAUUAGACCAAAUCUUUGUUAAUAUAAACUGUAUGUCAGAACCCUGCUACUAGAGCCUGGGUAUGGCUCUGAGUUUCAGGGUCACUGACAAUGUGGACUGAUAAGACACCUGCAUCUCGAGAUCCUGAGAAGAAACGGCUGCUGGACUUGGCGGGGAAACUUCGCCGGGUUUUGUUGGACGGGAAAUGCUUCUUCAAAUGAGGGGGAGGGUAUAUAAAGGAAUGCUGGCAGACGCCUCCCAUUCUUGGCUUUUUCCAUGUCGAUGUUUCCUGCAGUAAACUUUCUGGUAACAACA